CGUCUUUUACAGGUUAAUCUACGCCUGAAAAUAUGUUUCAUCAAUUUAAAUUGACUUUUGUGUUGAUACUUUAUAUGAGAUUAUUUUUGGAGUCUCAUGCUACUACGUUAGACAUUUGCUUAAUAUGCCGCUGUCAAAAUGUUCGGACAAAUAUAGAUUGUUCAUAUCACCAACUGAGUUUUAUCCCACAACCUAUUCCACCGAAUGUUGAAUAUCUGGAUUUCAAAGGUAACAAUAUCGAAGAAAUCAAAGUACAAACCUUCCGGAAUUUGUCCAACUUAAAAAGUCUGUAAGUUGAAUCAGUUUUCUUUUAUGGUA